GCCCCGGUCCGGCCGCCGGGCCGGGAGGCCUGAGCGGCCCGGCCGACGCUGGGAGCUGCCCCCAGAGCAGGGGCUGCCCGGGCGGGCCGGGCCCCUCGCCCCGCAGGUCUGCCGGGGCAGGCUGGCGCCGGGCUCGGGGGCGAGCGGGCCCGGCCCCGGGCCCCGGGCCGCGGGCGGAGGAAGGAGGGGGCCCGGCUGGCGGCAGGGGGAGGCUGGCUCUGCUGCGCGCCGAGGGGAGGGAGGGGCCGGGACGCCGGCGCGUCGGUGCCGACGGUCUCCAGGCGGGAGUGAGGAGGAGAAUCCAGACUGUUCUGAAGUGCUUGUAAAAUGAGUGUUCUUCUCAUUGAAGCCUUUCACGGUGGUUCCCACAAACAGCUGAUGGAUCUUCUCCAGGAAGAGCUACAAGAUGACUGUGUCCUCUAUACGCUGCCUGCCAAGAAGUGGCACUGGAAGGCACGGACUGCUGCUCUGUAUUUCAUGCAAACAGUGCCAGCAAGUGCUAAUUACAGGAUCCUCUUUGCAAGCUCGGUGCUUAACCUGGCUGAACUCACUGCCCUCCGCCCUGACCUUGGCAAAUUGAAAAAGGUCCUCUACUUCCAUGAGAACCAAUUGGCAUAUCCUGUCCAGAAAUGCCAGGAAAGGGAUUUUCAGUAUGGAUACAACCAGAUUCUUUCAUGUUUGGUUGCUGAUGUUGUGGUGUUCAACUCUGCUUUUAAUAUGGAAUCGUUUCUUACAUCCAUUGGAAAAUUUAUGAAGCUGAUUCCUGACCACAGACCUAAGGAUCUGGAAAAAAUAAUCAGACCGAAGUGCCAAGUUCUUUAUUUUCCAGUCAGGUUUCCUGAUGUGAGCAGGUUCAUGCCAGAACAUAAGCUUGCCCAUUUGGAAAAGGUAAUUGGUGUUAAAAGAAAUGGAGAUGCUUAUCACCCGGAGGGUCUGCCCGGCCAGCAGAAGAGCAGCGCUUUAAUGAAAAACAGCAACACGCAUUGUGAGUCUGGACUUUGUGAAGCCCAGCCUGGACUUUAUACCACACAGCAUGAGGGGCUGCCUUCCCCAUUAACAGUGCCGGCGAGAUUGAACACGUCUGAAGCGUCAGAAAGUGCAAAUCCUUGUCAAGAAGAAGAUAAGGAACAUCUGACUUUUAACCUCUCUCAUAUCCUGAGUGGACCGGACUAUCAGCAAAGACCUUUACACAUUGCCUGGCCUCACAGGUGGGAACAUGACAAAGAUCCUGAAACUUUCUUUAAAGUUCUGCUGAAACUGAAAGAGAAAGAUCUACCUUUUCACGUGUCCGUCCUUGGAGAGGCUUUCACUGAAAUUCCAGAUAUCUUUUCAGAAGCCAAAAAAGUGUUGGGAUCUUCUGUCUUGCACUGGGGCUACUUACCCAGCAAAGAUGACUAUUUCCGAGCUCUGUGCAUGGCCGAUGUUGUCAUCUCGACGGCUAAACAUGAAUUCUUUGGCGUGGCAAUGGUCGAAGCUGUAUAUUGCGGCUGUUACCCGCUGUGUCCCAAAGCCCUGGUGUACCCAGAGAUAUUCCCAGCUGAAUAUCUGUAUUCUACACCUGAACAGCUUUUUAAAAGGCUUCAGAAUUUCUGCAAGAGACCAGAUACUGUAAGGAAACAUCUCUAUAAGAAAAUGUACGCCAGAUCAGUAGUGUCUGCUUGAACUCCAGCUGUCCUGAAACAGCAGGCCUAAACGGGAUGAACAGUCCUUGUGAAAUUCUAAAGGUUAACUCUGAGGUCUAAUGAUGGCAGAGUAGAUAAUAUUUGCUUUGGUUCUGAUCUUAGGACAUGGGAAACAAAGAAGUUGAUUAUUUCAUAGAAGAUAUUGUACUGCUACUGUCAUCUUACUGUGCUGCCUGUUCUUCGUGGGGAGAUCUUGCUUAUGUGAAAACUUUGCUUCUCUUGAUCUCUGCAUAUUUAGGAGAUGUUUGACUGAAUCCCUAUUUCUUGGAAAAAAAAAAACCCACCAAAACCAAAAACCAACAACCAACGAAUGCCCAGACCUUCGCAGAGUUAUCACUCCCCCCAAAAAAGGAGUUGAAUUAAUUCUCUCCGAGGUUACCCUACAAUAGAGCCCAGAGGCCAGACCAGCGAUGGUCAGGCAGGAGAGUGAGGCCCUCACUCCUGCUGGGGGGCGGUUCUGCCAUGUGGGAGGGCGAGAGGGGCCAGUCAGUCCCCGUGGGUGUCAGGUCCUUGGCGUGUCUGCCGGGACCGCCGAUGAAGCAGAUGGCGUUUGGUGGUGCUCAUCCAGGAGCAAGCACCCUGGGGCCGCCGACCAGCUUACCUGUCUUUAAAAAUAAAAUGCUGAAUGCACCCAGAUAACGCCGCCUAAGUGUUCCAUGACCGCCUGGCUUGCACCCCUCGGGUCACAGCGCGUUGCGGCACGGAGCCGCGCUCCUUCCGGUGCUGGAGAGAUCCCUUUUGUGUCCCAGCAUCUAACGCGGCUUCGUGCACUUUUCUCUUCUGCUUCCUCGUAGGGCGAGACGGCUGGCUUUUCUUGGGCAGUGCUCGGCAGUAAAUUCAGGUCUCUGCUUGCAGCAGAACCGAGGGAAGAUUUGUGACAGAUGGGGCUAAGUCACAAACUUGCAGCCUCAGGCAGAAUUGUGGAAGUUUCCAGAGUGUGCCCAUAUUUACCUGAUCAGAGAGAAAAGAAAAUCUGCAGAGGAAGCCGAGCCUGGCUGCUUGUCAUAGCUGACACAGAGCCAUCUGCCACAAACCUGUGGCGGCUUCAGAUCUCCAAUCCCUGCCACCACCCCAGCUCAAAUUAAAUACAGAUUCUUAGAGACGUUAUGAUGGUUACACAUGUCCUCGGCAUCACAUGCAGGAGACUGUUCAAAAAAAAUAUGUGGCCUGUUGUGUAACCGCACUCAUGUAUCCCAUAUGUGGUGCCACAUUGAAUUUCCGGUUGAAUCUGUUUUUAUCCUUUGUACUGGAUGACAUGGUGCCUGAAUUCUUUCUUUUCGCCGACACGAUGGCAGCCAAGCUGCAGCUUCAAACGCUCACACUUGGCUGAGUUUCUACCUAGGUUGCCAGGUUAUCAUUGGAGCCUUAUUGUGUCCUCAAAGGGCCACAGGGCCUGAAAGGAGGAUCCGAACGCUGCCGGACUAAUUGGGCAGCCAUCUCCGGGUUGUUUGGAGGCAAAGGGCUGCUUUAGCGCUUUUUUUUUUUUUUUUUUUUUUUUUUUGGCAAAUUAAUGACUCUCUGGCACGGGGGUUUUUAAGUGAAGGUAUUAAUAAGGGGUCUGGCAGGUAAUCCCAUGAUUCGUGGAGUUACAUUUGCAUUUAAUUAAUCUUAAAGAAAGCUGAAAGAUAAACAGCUGUAAUUCAAACUAGCAUGGGAAAUAUGCUACAUGGUGCCAUCUAUCCGAUAAAAUGAAAGCCGAGACACUUGUUUUAUUUCUCUCAAGGAUGGAGAACAAACAGAUAACAAUCAAAAUACUUCCAAUAAAAACCAGUAGUUUAAAUGUAAUGGCAGUUCAUCAAGAAUCUUUGCAUCCAGUUACAAAUACAGUCUUUUAAAGAUAAAUCACUUAUGAUUCCAGCAGUCAAGCGGCUAUAUUUGUUGAUGUAAAAUGUUUUGAAGAUGUAGAUUGUACAAUAAAUUUUUAAUAAAGUGCCCACUGCAAUUUUUAAUUAGCAUAUCUCAUUCAUGUAUAAGUGUGUACAUCUAUCUGUAUAUUUAUCACUAUGCGUAUCCUUGUGUCAGAGUCAAUGAAUGCAAUUGUGUCUUUAUCUGAUGAAGUAGAAUCUGUUUUGCAAGCGAUAAUAAAACAUUAUGACAAUU